AUGACUAGUGUAAUCGGAUUAGGUGAGCACCACAUUUUGUGUGGAUCUACGACCUGACGCUCCCCUUGCUGAUGGGCGAGGUUGUAUGUUGCUGUGAUAGAUAUCGGCCAGGCCGGCUCCAAGGUGCGUACGACCCCAGCAGUUGCCUCUCCCUUCGCCCGUGCCGAUAGAUGAAGCUGACGCAUCCAACCCCAUAUAGAUCGGAGCUGCGCGUAACCGUGGAAUCGACAUCCUCAUCAACGAAGUCUCGAACCGAGCGACGCCGUGAGUCUGCGCGUGCGUUGCUGUGCGCUGUGCGCUGUGCGCAGUACGCUGUGCCGUUGUGCCGUGCUGGCGCGCCGCUGGAAGGCCGUCGGGGUCGGGUUUCGGUGGGAUUCCCUCGGCUGAGGCUGAGGCUGCCCGCCCACGCCCACGCCGCUCGCCCACGCCGCUGACCGGACCGACCACGACGGCGCGCCUAUCCCUCUGCUCUCCCUCUCCCUUCUUGGCCCUGCGCAUUCAUCGCAUCGCACAUCCUCGCUGACCACGACUCCGCUUCCUCCUCCUCUGCGUUCGUACCAUGCCCCAUCAGUUCGCUCGUCGCAUUCGGCCCGAGAUCACGAAUCAUUGGCGAAGCGGCCAAGACGCAAGAGACGUCCAACUUUCGCAACACCGUCGGCUCCCUCAAGCGACUCAUUGGCAGGACAAUCGAGUCAGUCGUGCGCAAUGUGCGGUCCACCCCGAACCCGAACGUAUGUGCUAACGAGUCAAUCGCGCGCAGUGACCCGGAUAUGGAGAUUGAAAAGAAAUUCCUGAGCGCCGAGUUGGUCAAGGCUGGCAACACCGUCGGUGUCGAGGUGAGUCAGAGCGGGCGACGUUACAUCUCUAUGGAGCACUAACCAUAAUCUUCUCCCACAGGUCAACUACUUGGGCGAAAAGACCGUCUUUUCCGCGACGCAGCUCUACGCGAUGUUUCUCGGCAAGCUCCGCGACACGGCCGCCAACGAGCUCAAGUCGGCUGUCAACGACGUCGUCAUCGCCGUGCCCGUCUGGUACACCGACGCCCAGCGACGAGCCGUCAUUGAUGCCGCCGACAUCGCCGGCCUCAACCCCCUCCGUCUCAUCAACGACACCACCGCAACCGCGCUCGGCUACGGUAUCACCAAGACUGACCUCCCCCUCGCACCCGAACCGCCCAAAUACGUCGCUUUUGUCGACAUUGGACACUCGGACUACUCGGUCUCGAUCGUCGCCUUCAACAAGGGCCAGCUCGUCGUCAAGGGUACCGCCUUCGACCGUCACUUUGGUGGCCGAGACCUCGACUACGCCCUUGUCGAGCACUUUGCCGCCGAAUUCAAGACCAAGUACAAGAUCGACGUCAAGUCCAACCCCAAGGCCUUGUUCCGCCUUGCCGCCGCCGUCGAGAAGCUCAAGAAGAUCUUGUCCGCCAACCCCGUCGCCCCUCUUUCGGUCGAGUCCAUCAUGGACGACGUUGAUGCGUCGUCGACGCUCAAGCGAGAGGAGCUCGAGGCCCUUGUUUCCCCCCUUCUCGAACGUACCAUCGGUCCCCUCGAGCGAGCCCUCGCCGAUGCAGGUAUCAGCAAGGAGCAGAUUGAAACCGUCGAACUUGUCGGUGGCUCAACCCGCGUCCCCGCCCUCAAAUCGCGCAUCCAAGAGUUCUUUGGCCGACCCCUCUCCUUCACCUGCAACCAGGAGGAGGCCAUCGCCCGUGGUGCUACGUUGGCGUGCGCCAUGCUUUCCCCCAUCUUCAAGGUCCGCGACUUUUCGACGACCGACACGCAGCUGUACCCGAUCAAGUUCGUUUGGGAGGCCGCACCGGGCGACGAUCCUUCCGAAGGGACCGAGCUCGUCGCUUUCGACAAAGGCAACGUCAUCCCUUCGACCAAAGUACUCUCCUUCUCACGCAACCAACCUUUCGACCUCGAAGCACGGUACGCCAAACCCGAAGACCUGCCCGGCAAGUCGAAUCCUUGGAUCGGUAAAUUCACCGUCAAGAACCUUUCCGCCCCCAAGGACGGUGGUCGUGCGCUCGUCAAGGUCAAGGCCAAGUUGAACCUGUCCGGUAUCUUGACUUUUGAUUCUGCGACGCUCGUUGAGGAAGGACCCGAGGAGGACGUUCCCGAACCCGAAGCGAUGGAAACCGAUGCCCCCGCCGCCGCCGAUGGAGAGGCCUCUACCCCGGCCGCGCCUACCCUCGUGAAGAAGGCGCGCAAGUCGAUCAAGACGACUCUUCCCGCCAUCUCGAGCGCCAACUCGCUCGACGCCUCGCUCGUUAACGAUUUCAAGGAGAAGGAAGGACAGAUGCACUCGUCGGACAAACUCGUACUCGAGACCGAGGAUCGUAAGAACGCUUUGGAGGAGUACGUUUACGACGUGCGCGACAAGCUCGAAGGCGCAUGGAAGAAGUACUCGUCCGAGGCCGAUAAGGAUGGUUUACGCAAGCUCGCUUCCGAGGCUGAGGAUUGGCUCUAUACCGAUGAGGGUGAGGACGCGACCAAGUCGGCUUACGUCGCUCGAUUGGAAGGCCUCAAAGCCCUUGGUGACCCCAUCGCCCUUCGAUACCGUGAACACGAGGAAAGACCCCGUGCGACCGCCGCCCUGCGAGAGAUCAUCACCGGCUUUUUGGAGAAGGCUCAAUCCGGCGACGAGAAGUAUUCGCACAUCCCCGAAAAGGACCUCAACACCGUCGUCGAGACGUGCGCCAACGCCGAGGCCUGGUUGGGCAAUAAGCUUUACUCGCAGCAGGAGAAGCCGCUCGACGUCAAGUCCGUUAUUACUUCGGCCGAGAUUCGCAAGAAGGGUGAGGAGGUGCAGAACGUUUGCUUGCCCAUCAUGACCAAACCCAAACCCCGAGCGCCCAAGACGGAGACGCCCAAGACCGAGGAGAAGCCGACGACGACCGAGCAGACACCGGACGUCAACAUGGAGGCGGAGGACACGACCGCGCCGGAGGUUCCGACGGAGAACAAGGCCGAAGGUCAAGCCGAGAUGAACGUCGAUGAACUCGACUAA